CACACAAUUACAUGAGGUUCACCCCAUUCUGAAAAUGCCCGAACAGCAAACGGCAGAGGUAAAUGGAACAACAGUCAGCACUGGCACAGCCUGAGAGAGACCUGAGACUCGGAGCCCUCAGGCUCGGGGGCCAACUUCCUGCUGUGGCCUGGUGUAAAGGUGGCAGAUAAAAAAAAAUGACAGCAAGACUUCUGAGAACAGCCCUCGCUUUGCUCUUCUUUGGCCUCUUUGGGGUCCUGGAGGCAACAACAAUAUCGUGCAGGAAUGAAGAAGGCGAAGCUGUGGAUUGGUAGGUUUGUUUUUUAUAAGUUACCUAAGCGGCAAGACAUGGAAAGCAGACAGACUGGGUUAGAGUACCUAUACCUCGACUCUACUACCAGAAGCUGGAGGAGGAGUAAGCAACUUGUGAAUACCACGAAGAGUGCAUUGGGAAGGACAUUACAACAGCUAUAUGAAGCCUGUGCCUCCAAGAAUAACAACACAGCCUACCUACUAUACAAUGAUGGGGUCCCUGCAUCUGUGACUUACAGCAGAAAGUAUGGACACACUAAAGGCUUACUGCUGUGGAACAGAGUCCAGGGAUUCUGGCUGAUUCAUUCUAUUCCCCGGUUUCCUCCAACUCCUGAAGAAGGCUAUGAUUAUCCACCCACAGGAAGAAGACACGGACAAACUGGCAUCUGCAUAACUUUUAAGUACAACCAGUAUGAAGCAAUAGAUUCUCAGCUCUUGGUCUGUAACCCAAACAUUUAUAGCUGUUCCAUCCCAACCAUCUUUCACCAGGAGCUCGUCUACAUGCCACAGCUGUGUGCUGCUGGGUCCACCUCAUCAGAGAUCCCUGGCCAGCACCUCACCUCACUUCAGUCAGCCCGAGGCCAAAAAUUCAUCCAUUUUGCAAAGUCUGAUUAUUUCCUUGACGACAUCUUUGUAGCCUGGAUGGCUCAACAUUUGAAAACGCACUUGCUAACAGAAACCUGGCAGCGAAAAGGACAAGAGCUUCCUUCAAACUGCUCCCUUCCUUACCAUGUCUACAAUGUCAAAGCAAUUAAGAUAUCUGGACAGUCCUAUUUCAGUUCUUACCAGGAUCAUGCCAAAUGGUGUGUUUCCCAAAAGAGGACCAAAAAUCGUUGGACCUGUAUUGGAGACCUAAAUCGGAGCCCGUACCAAGCUUUCAGAAGUGGAGGAUUCAUUUGUACCCAGAAUCAGCGUAUUUACCAUGCAUUUCAAGGACUGGUUUUGUAUUAUGAAAACUGCAACUGAACUUGGUGAAAUAACAUAUGCACUAUCAUUUCCAAUGCCAAAAAUGGGUCUUCUUCCAUCAGAUCCAUUCUUUAUAUAUUAAAAGCCUGUGAAUGUAGUUAUAGCCCACAUAC